CCUGCUCUGGUCCUGGUCUGGUCCUGGUUUGGUCCUGGUUUGGUCUGGUCCUGGUCUCUGGUCUAGACUCUGGUCUUUGUAGACGGUGUGAUCAUGGACGAGACGGCGCUGGAGAGAUACUUUGACGACUCGAUCGCGAAUGAUUCUGGGUUUGAUUUGGGGGAGGGGCUUGACCUGCAGAGCCCCGCCCACCUGCUACACGAAGAGGGGGCGGAGCCAAACACAGAGACCGCCGACGACCUCGACCUGAGCUUCCUCCCGGACGAACUCAGCCAAGGUCCGUCUCAGGCCUCGGUCCUCGACGCGUCUCUGGACAGUGGUUUGGUGUCGGACUUCGUUUCCCAGGAUGCCUCGGAGGAGUUGCCCGCGGCGACGGUGGAUCAGAGCCAGGGGGCGGAGCUGUCCGGGUUUGGCUCCUCCUCCUUCUGCCCCAUGACCCCGAUGACCCCCGUGACCCCGAUGACCCCGGUGACGGAGAGGUCGGGCAUCGUCCCUCAGCUGCAAAAUAUCGUGUCCACGGUGAAUCUGGGCUGUCCUCUGGACCUCAAGUUCAUCGCUCUGCAGGCAAGAAACGCAGAGUACAACCCCAAGAGGUUUGCUGCUGUGAUCAUGAGGAUCCGAGAGCCCAGAACCACAGCUCUGAUCUUCAGCUCUGGGAAGAUGGUCUGCACCGGAGCCAAGAGUGAGGAGCAGUCUCGUCUGGCCGCUCGUAAAUACGCUCGUGUGGUGCAGAAGCUCGGUUUCCCUCGGUUCCUCGACUUUAAAAUCCAGAACAUGGUGGCCUCCUGCGACGUCUGUUUCCCCGUCCGCCUGGAAGGUCUGGUCCUCACGCACCAGCAGUUCAGCAGUUAUGAGCCGGAGUUGUUCCCGGGGUUGAUCUACAGGAUGGUGAAGCCGCGCAUCGUUCUGCUCAUCUUCGUCUCGGGGAAAGUCGUCCUCACCGGAGCGAAGGAGCGAGAGGAAAUCUACGAGGCGUUUGAGAACAUCUACCCCAUCCUCCGAGGCUUCAGGAAACACUGACCCCUGACCCUGACCCCUGUAAAUAUGGACUGUAUUUAAGAGAUUUAUUUUGAAAAAAGGAAAGACUCAAUAAAGUAUAUAGAAAAUGUUGGAAUAAAAAUUCCAAAUGAUCCUGAAUAUUUUAUAAACAUGUGAAACAACGUUAAAUAAAUAA